CUUCACUUCUACGCCCAGAGUAAUGACGUGUCAAGAAAGUGCCGGAAGCGCCGAUUUGUCCAAGAUGGCUUACCAGACGUUUCAACAGGAAUAUUUUCAGAUUCCUGUUGUAACCAGGGCAUAUACCACCGCCUGUGUUCUCACAACCGCCGCUGUGCAACUGGAACUAAUCACACCUUUCCAGCUAUAUUUCAAUCCUGAUUUAAUAUUGAAACAUUAUCAGGUAUGGCGGCUCAUAACCAAUUUUCUGUUUUUUGGUCCUGUUGGUUUCAACUUCCUAUUCAAUAUGAUUUUUUUAUAUCGGUACUGCCGGAUGCUGGAGGAGGGCUCAUUUAGAGGCCGUACUGCUGACUUUGUGUUCAUGUUCCUCUUUGGUGGUGUCCUCAUGACCAUAUUUGGCACCUUUGUGAGCCUUGUGUUCCUGGGCCAAGCUUUCACUAUCAUGCUGGUGUAUGUGUGGAGCCGACGUAACCCCAAUGUUCGCAUGAACUUCUUUGGCCUACUAAACUUUCAAGCCCCGUUUCUGCCCUGGGUGCUCAUGGGAUUCUCCCUGCUUCUAGGAAAUUCCAUCAUUGUUGACCUUCUAGGCAUUGCUGUCGGACAUGUGUACUUCUUUCUGGAGGAUGUCUUCCCAAACCAGCCUGGGGGUGGCAGGUGGCUGAAGACACCAACCAUUCUAAAGAUGUUGUUUGACACUCCGGAAGAAGAUGCUAACUAUAACCCCCUCCCAGAGGAGCGCCCAGGUGGCUUUGCCUGGGGGGAGGGGCAGCGCCUUGGCGGCUAGGCCAGCCUCCCACCCCUGCGUCAGACUUGCGGACAUUUCUUCAGAGAGCUACGAAAGACUCCUUUCUCUUUUUACCCAUUUCUCUUGCUCUGGAUUAAGAGUGUGAAACCCCCCUCCCUCUGUGUACCAGCAGGAUUUGCGGUUUUCUAUGUUCGAGGCAAGUUUCUCCUUCAAGCUGUUGACUGUAUUGUUCAGUCUUGUCAGACUGUCACUAAAGAUUGUGUGAAAGGGCACAGCAAUGUCAGAACUGCAGAAGGGACUAGUGACAGCUGCUCUUGAUCAUGGCCGUCUUCGUGUUUCGUCAGUUUUUUACUAACGUAGAUCAAAUGAACAAUUAUCUGCUGACGAAAAGAGAAGAGAAAAAAUUGUGGAACAAUUCUGAUCUUCGCAGCCUUUUUUCAAUUUUACUUUUUUUUCUAAAGAAUAAAUGUAUGUGAAAAGUAUAAAUGUGGCAAAGGAAAAUGUUUUCUGUCGUUUGUUGCGCAGUGAUGGAAUAAUAUUUUGAUUUAAUUUUGCAGUGAUUGUCUCGUUCUCAAAUAAUCUCACUGAUUGACUGCUGUUUUGGUAUGAAUAUAUUGUAGAGAUCAGUGUUCUACAUGGUCUAAACUGAAGGUUCACACCCGUUAUAAUACAGUAGAGUAGUACAGAAUCUCAGAAACCCUUUGGGGAAUGUGAGUAAUUCAGAACUCUGAAACCGAAGUUAAAAUGUGCUUGUUUUCAUUUUAAUUAUUCAUUGGAAUGGUUGUUGUAGACUUUAUUUUUGUCAGGCUCUUAUUUUGUUGCCGUAAAUCUUUUUGUAACUUAACCAAUAAUCAGACGAGCAACUGGCAGGUUCUUCUUGGAACUUUUUUUUUUUUUCUACUUCAGCCUUCCAAAAGAUGCAACAUAAUAAAAUGCCUUCUAAGGACCUGUUCAGUUGAGGACUGCUGGCAAAAGAAUUCUAUCCACUUUGCGUUCUCAAAAAUGAAAACGUUACAGAGCUGAAAUGGCUUAACGAAUGUAUUCUCAUUGGAACGUUCUUUCCGAAGAAUGCCGUGUAAGAGAAAUUGAAUUGCCCCAAUGAAUGUGCCCUAAAAGAGUGUCAAUCACAGAGAAACUGAAAACUUGACCAAGAAAAGAGCUAGACAGAAGGAGAGAUCAGCUUUGUAGGGAGUUCAAAACAAGCAGGGGAUGAUCAUAGCUGUGUUACAACAGACAAGGCAUUGGUGAGGGAACACGGAAGGGGGACCAAUGAUGAGUAAGUGACUGCGGACAACACAGUUAAACAGAAACUGCUUCCCGAACUGUUAAUGAAUGCAUCCAUCAAUGUGUCCAGCAGCACAAUAAAACGUGCAUUUUUUUGGCACAAGAAAAUACCAUUGUUUUUGUUUCCUCAGUCACUUGGGACUUUAAAGUCGUUGAUUUUUGACGGACCCAACAUGCAGUUGCAGAGUUACAGGUGUUUUCCCGGUUUUUAUCAAUGGAAGGUGUGACUUUGUUUUCCAAUGAAGACUUGCUUUAUUGCAUCCGGGAUAAUAAAGAGAAUCUAUGUAUUUUA